UGCGCCAUGACUGUCUGAUCGGAUCUUAUUGCAAAGCUGAGUGGUGGUGCGAUUUCAGGCCUGUACAACUUAGCUCAUAACAUUCACUAAACAAUAAAACACAGCAAACCAAGAUGGAGUACGAGUGGAAACCAGAUGAGCAAGGACUUCAGCAAAUUCUACAGCUUCUGAAAGAGUCCCAGUCUCCGGAUACCUCCACACAACGAACCGUCCAACAAAAACUUGAGCAGCUGAAUCAUUAUCCAGACUUCAACAACUACUUGAUCUUUGUCUUAACAAAGUUGAAAUCUGAAGAUGAACCCACCAGAUCCCUUAGCGGUCUGAUUCUGAAAAACAAUGUGAAGACACAUUUUCACAACUUUCCAAAUGGGGUGUCGGACUUCAUAAAAAACGAGUGUCUUAAAAACAUUGGGGACACAUCGCCGUUGAUAAGAGCCACAGUGGGUAUUUUGAUUACAACUAUUGCCUCAAAGGGAGAGCUACAGAAUUGGCCAGAACUCCUUCCCAAGCUGUGUGUGCUUUUAGACUCUGAGGAUUACAGUACCUGUGAGGGAGCAUUUGGAGCGCUUCAGAAGAUCUGUGAAGAUUCGGCUGAAAUUCUGGACAGUGAUAUUCUUGACCGACCACUCAAUAUCAUGAUACCAAAGUUCUUGCAGUUCUUUAAACACAGCAGUCCAAAAAUCAGGUCCCAUGCUGUUGCCUGUGUCAACCAGUUUAUCAUUAGUAGAACUCAGGCCCUUAUGUUACAUAUUGAUUCUUUUAUUGAGAAUCUGUUUGCACUGGCCACUGAUGAAGAGCCUGAGGUCCGUAAGAAUGUGUGCCGCGCCCUGGUCAUGCUCCUGGAAGUUCGGAUGGAUCGGCUGCUUCCUCACAUGCACAACAUUGUGGAGUACAUGUUGCAAAGAACCCAGGACCAAGAUGAGAAUGUAGCUUUGGAAGCUUGUGAGUUUUGGUUGACGCUAGCUGAGCAGCCGGUCUGUAAAGAAGUGCUUUGUGUACACCUUUCGAAGUUAAUCCCUGUUCUUGUAAAUGGUAUGAAGUACUCUGAAAUUGACAUUAUUCUGCUCAAGGGAGACGUGGAGGAGGAUGAAGCGAUUCCGGACAGCGAGCAAGACAUCCGGCCCCGUUUCCACCGCUCUCGCACAGUGGCACAGCAGCAUGAGGCAGACGGCAUUGAGGAGGAUGACGAUGAUGACGAUGAACUUGAUGAUGACGACACUAUUUCCGACUGGAAUUUGAGGAAAUGUUCUGCAGCUGCGCUGGAUGUCCUUGCUAAUGUGUUCCGGGACGAGCUCCUGCCUCACCUCCUUCCUCUGCUGAAGGAGCUGCUCUUCCAUCCCGAAUGGGUGAUCAAGGAGUCCGGCAUCUUGGUUCUGGGAGCCAUUGCUGAAGGUUGCAUGCAGGGUAUGAUCCUGUAUCUCCCGGAGCUUAUCCCCCACCUCGUUCAGUGCCUGUCUGACAAGAAGGCUCUUGUCCGCUCCAUUACAUGCUGGACCCUUAGCCGCUAUGCACACUGGGUUGUCAGUCAGCCCCCAGACACCUACUUGAAGCCGCUAAUGACCGAACUGCUGAAACGCAUCCUGGACGGCAACAAACGAGUACAGGAAGCGGCCUGCAGUGCCUUUGCUACACUAGAAGAGGAGGCCUGUACAGAGUUAGUGCCCUACCUCGGUUAUAUACUCGACACCCUUGUAUUCGCUUUUAGCAAAUACCAGCACAAGAACCUGCUCAUCCUGUAUGAUGCUAUAGGCACUCUUGCUGACUCAGUAGGCCACCAUUUGAACAAGCCGGAGUACAUAGAGAUGCUGAUGCCUCCCCUCAUCCAGAAAUGGAACCAGCUGAAGGAUGAAGACAAGGAUCUGUUUCCUCUGCUGGAGUGCCUGUCUUCAGUUGCCACUGCCCUGCAGUCUGGCUUCCUCCCAUACUGUGAGCCUGUGUACCAGCGCUGUGUGAACCUGGUACAGAAAACUCUAGCACAAGCCAUGCUGCACAACGCCCAGCCGGAUCAGUAUGAAGUGCCAGACAAAGAUUUUAUGAUUGUAGCUCUUGAUUUGCUCAGUGGCCUUGCUGAAGGACUCGGCGGCAACAUCGAACAGCUGGUGGCACGCAGCAAUAUUCUGACAUUGAUGUAUCAGUGUAUGCAGGAUAAAAUGCCAGAGGUCCGGCAGAGUUCCUUUGCCUUGUUGGGUGAUCUAACUAAGGCAUGUUUCCAGCAUGUCAAGCCAUGCAUUGCUGAUUUCAUGCCAAUUUUGGGCACUAACCUCAAUCCUGAAUUAAUUUCUGUGUGCAACAAUGCUACAUGGGCGAUUGGUGAGAUUUCAAUUCAGAUGGGUGCUGAAAUGCAGCCAUACAUUUCUAUGGUGUUACAUCAGCUGGUGGAGAUCAUCAACAGACCCAAUACACCAAAGACGUUAUUGGAAAAUACAGCAAUAACAAUUGGUCGUCUUGGUUACGUUUGUCCUCAAGAGGUGGCUCCCAUGCUACAGCAGUUUAUAAGACCCUGGUGUACUUCACUACGUAAUAUACGGGACAAUGAAGAAAAAGAUUCAGCAUUUCGGGGAAUCUGCACAAUGAUCAGUGCCAACCCAGGAGGUGUUGUGCAGGAUUUCAUAUUUUUCUGUGACGCUGUAGCCUCCUGGGUUAGUCCAAAGGAUGAUCUGCGAGAUAUGUUCUGUAAGAUCUUACAUGGAUUUAAAAACCAGGUUGGAGAUGAAAACUGGAAGCGAUUUUCAGACCAGUUUCCACUUCCACUGAAGGAACGCCUUGCAGCAUACUAUGGAGUGUAACAGCAUGGUCUGUAGGAGCAGUAAUUGGGGUCUUUCACUCUGGGAGACAACGGGGAGCCUCUGCACCCAGGGAAAUGUUACCCUUUACUGGGGGGGAAGGGUAGACCAGGGGGAACAUACAGUACGAUCCCAACCCAUCUGGGCGGGGUGGGAGGGAGGUGUUAGCCGUCGCACUGUUCAGCUGACGGGGGAACACCUGGAGCAAUUGAGGGAGGAAAUUUAGUCUUUUUACAGCUCAAUAUCGGAAUAAGAAGCAAAUGAAGAUAUGUUGUCCAAUACUAAUAUAGCACAUUGUUUUAAAAAUGUAAAUUAAUUAAAAGAAAAAAAAAAACUCGGGGAUACCUUUAAAAGUUUUAUAGACAAUAUUGGCUUUAAAGUAUAGGGUUAAGUGCAGAUCAUUUAAAAAUAAAUCCAUAAAUAGCACACUGUAAAAGCCCAAGAUGGGAUUCUAAAUAGCAUUGACUGCAUUUAAAAUAAACCUAGACAUAGGCAUGGCGAAUUCCAGAAAAUUGCAUGGUAUGAAGAAUAUGAAGUAAAAGCAGUUUCACAAGCUCAGUUACAUACUGUACGUCAUCAGUGGGCACCUGUUAUUAAAUUUGGUAGAUGGAACAAAUUAAAUGGUAGAACUAGUGUGUUAAGACCAACAGCCUAGCCAGAAGCCUUAUUAGUCAGUUUAGUGUCUUAACUAGUUUUUGCAUAUCAAGGUAAAUACAAUUGGCAUAUCUUGCAUACUCCUCAAAUACUAUAGAGAUUAUUUUGGAGAGG